AUGCCCCGGCUUAUACGCCGACGUCCGCUGGCGGAACGCAUCAGAUCAUACUUAAAUCCGUUGGAUUUUCUCCUAUGGCUAUCGGAAGAAGUCGAUGCAAAUGACUGGGAUCAGUUUGAGAAGGACUGGGCGCUGCCUUUGGGUAUCUUUUUGAACGGGGGUUUUCUGCUUGCCCGAGCGAAUAGUCGCGCUGGCAGUAAAGCGAUCGAUGAUGUCUUUGGUGAAGAGGAGAGAGUGCCAUGGCUGGGCUGGUUUGCUUCUUUUGUCGUCCACCUCCUCGCCUGUCUCUCCGCAUUAAACGCUUUCUACACUGUCUCGCGUAAACGACAUUAUCGCAUGUUUGAAGCGUCUAUCGAUAAGGUUCCCACGACGCCGUCUGCGCGCCGUGUGCGGGUUGACUCUUCGCCUAUGACGGGCUCACCGUUGCGCUAUCUUGCCAAUCUUAUUACUCCCAGCGGCGCAGAGUCGAGAGCGCACCCUGAUGCACAGCGGGAUGUUUGGGAACUCGCAAUCUGGGAUCCGUUGCCGAUUUGUCUGCGAUUGUUUUGUCUGUUCAGUCCCGGGCAUGUUCUGGUUUAUUGGCUUUUCCUGCCCACCCAGCUCUCUGAUCCUCGACCCAGUGUCACGAUCGUGACGACCAUCUUCUUGACGACUUUGUUGUCGGUACAGAUGUCAUUCUUAUCCUCGUCGUUUAUCCAAAAAACGAAAGAUUCGGCCCUGGUUCAGAGAGAGGUAUUGAAAGAGUAUGACACCAAAUUUGUGCAUCCGCGGACCCAGCCUUUAAUGAGAGAUGUUGGAACUCAAUUCUCGGAGGAGAAUGCUACCCACUACGGCUCCGACAAGAAAUACAACCAAGUUGAUCUGUAUACGCCGGCUUUUGUCAUCCGACGUGGAUUCCAAACCAGCCCCAACCCUAACUAUGUCAGCCACGUCGACCCGGAAGGAUUAUCACCUACCAUACGUAAGACAGCAUCAACCACGGGCUUCUCCUCGGUGGCUCGUCAGCAACAAGCACUAUUCCAGACCCCUACGCCUUCGCGCGAUGCUUCCCCUCUUGUGCGACAUUCUAUCCGACAACCGCAGUUCCGACCGACGCCGACCAAGACUGGGGACGGCGGUAGUCUAGGCAUUUAUUCUCACGCCAACUCCCCAUUGAGGAAGUCAAUGUCAUCAAGCUUUGAGCGUGAGAUGAGUCCAUUGAAGCGAGCGUCGAGUCCCCUUAAAAGGAGCAGCGUGCCACCAGGCAUGAGUUUGGCGGCGAUGCCGCCGAGUCAGCGUCGUGAGACAGGGAGGUUCUAG